AUGUCUCGGUUUGACCACCGCAACGUCAUGAAGCUCAUCGGAGUCUCCAUUGAGAACAACAACACUCUCUACAUAGUGAUGCCCUUCAUGACCCACGGGAGUCUCCUCUCUUACCUGAGGAACCACAGAACCGAGCUUACACUUGACAGUGAGGAGGACGAUGACCUGGUGCAGUCCACUGGUAGAAAGUUGCUGUCGAUGUGUCUCCAGAUUGCUAAGGGAAUGGAGUACCUGGUCAGUCAGAAGUUUGUUCAUCGAGACCUGGCAGCUAGGAACUGCAUGAUUGAUGAGAGUUUUGUGAUCAAGGUGGCUGACUUUGGUCUAUCAGAGGACAUCUAUGCCAGGAACUACUUCAGACAGGGGAGGGGAGCCGAGGAAGGGGAGACUCCCGUGAAAUUGCCUGUCAAGUGGAUGGCGCUUGAAAGUUUGAACGACGGCAUAUUCUCAGAGAAAACUGAUGUGUGGUCUUUUGGUGUAACGUGCUGGGAGGUAAUUUCCCUGGGGAAAUCCCCUUAUCCUGGGGUCGACCCCUUCACUCUCAUAAAGUACCUGGAGAGAGGAGACAGACUGGAGAAACCUUCCAACGCAGCCUGCUCUACUGAUGUGUAA